AUGGAUGGGCGGCCGAAUGCGCCUGCAGCGUCCAACAACUACAAUCAAGAUCAUCUCCUCGACCUAGGCAAUACCCAACCUGUCUACAGCUCAGGGCAGCGGCCACCAGUUGACGAUUCUCAACUACUACAGACAUAUAACAUCGAUGACUCAGAUGAUCUCCAACCGAGACCCUCCACCAGCUACGACGACUUCGUUGGCGGAGGGAGGCCCGCCCCUCAAGGCCAUGCGCAACAGUCGUCGAUAGCCACAGGCUCAAAUCGUCCCUUUACUGCCCCUUAUAUGGCCGAUGGCUCCAGAAAUUACUCCCAAACAUCCGACCUCAACAAUUACUCAAAAUAUGGCGACGCCGAUGAUUAUGCCGAAGAUGAUGCGGGAUACAAAUACUAUGACGGCGCAGGCACCGCCGAUGAACACAUCCCGGGAGGCGGCGUCAAGGUGGUUGGACACCAUGGCCGGAAUCGCAGUAGUCUCAUGUCCAUGAACGGUAUCAUGGAUAGGGCUAAGGGGGCGCUGGGGAUGAGAGACAGCAACUACUCCGACAUGAACCUGCCCUUGACAGAGCCCGGCAUGCAGAAUACCAGAGCCAGAGCCGACACAGCUGGAACAGAAGAGACCUUGCCGUCGCAAGAGAAGAAAGGAUUCAGUCUAGACAAACUCAAGGCGAUGUUUGGAAGGAAGAAGGUCGAUCCUGCCUCUCUUGGCCCUCGAAUAAUACACCUCAACAAUCCGCCGGUCAACGCUGGGAAUAGAUGGGUGGACAACCAUGUCUCCACUGCCAAAUACAACAUUGCCACUUUCCUACCGAAGUUUCUGUACGAACAAUUCUCAAAGUACGCCAAUUUAUUCUUCUUAUUCACCGCCAUCCUACAACAAGUCCCCAACGUCUCCCCGACGAAUCGAUUCACCACAAUUGUACCUUUGGGCAUCGUGCUCCUGGUGUCUGCAAUCAAAGAGUUGGUGGAGGACAAUAAAAGGAAGAACUCCGAUAAGUCACUGAAUGAUUCUCGCGCUCAGGUCUUGAAGGGCUCCGAUUUUGCCAAUACCAAAUGGAUCAAUGUUGCUGUUGGGGACAUUGUCCGAGUCGAAUCUGAGGAACCCUUCCCAGCUGAUUUGGUCUUGUUGGCCAGUUCCGAGCCGGAAGGACUGUGCUACAUUGAGACCGCCAACUUGGACGGGGAAACCAAUUUGAAAAUCAAGCAAGCCAUCCCAGAAACUGCUCAUCUUGUCAGCCCAGCUGAUUUAGGAAGACUCAGUGGUCGUGUACGCUCUGAACAGCCCAACAGCAGUCUAUAUACCUACGAAGCGACUUUGAGCAUGAUGGGGGGAGGAAGCGAGAAAGAGCUACCGUUAAAUCCAGAGCAGUUACUGCUUCGAGGGGCAACUUUGAGAAAUACCCCUUGGGUCCAUGGGCUAGUUGUAUUUACUGGCCACGAGACGAAACUGAUGCGAAAUGCUACCGCGACACCGAUCAAGCGCACCAAUGUCGAGAGAAUGCUCAACCGACAGAUUCUUAUGCUGGUCGCAAUCCUCCUCGUACUCAGCGCCGUCAGCACAGUUGGCGAUAUUAUCGUCAGACUCAGAGCUGGCACCAAACUGACUUAUCUGUACUAUGGUAGCCUCAAUGUGGCCUCACAGUUCUUCUUGGAUAUAUUCACGUACUGGGUUCUCUAUUCCAAUCUGGUACCGAUCUCGCUCUUCGUCACCAUCGAGUUGGUCAAGUAUUAUCAGGCGUUCCUGAUAAAUAAUGACUUGGAUAUUUACUUUCCGGAUACGGAUACUCCUGCGGUUUGUCGAACUUCAUCGCUUGUUGAAGAGCUGGGUCAAAUCGAAUACAUUUUCUCGGAUAAGACCGGCACGUUGACCUGCAACAUCAUGGAGUUCAAGCAAUGCACAAUUGGUGGCAUCCAAUAUGCUGGAGUGGUUCCGGAAGACAGACGUGCAAAUGGCCCAGAUGAUACCAGUGGUGUUCACGACUUCAAACAACUUGGAGAAAAUCUCAAAAGCCACCCGAGCGCGACCGCUAUUCAUCAUUUCCUGGCACUACUAGCGGUCUGCCACACGGUUAUUCCGGAGCGAAAGGACGAGAAAUCUGAAAUCAAGUAUCAGGCAGCGUCACCCGAUGAAGGAGCUCUCGUUGAAGGUGCCGUUCAGCUUGGGUACAAGUUUGUCGCCAGAAAACCUAGGUCGGUCAUUAUCCAAGUAGGCGGACAAGAGUUCGAGUACGAGCUUCUAGCCGUGUGUGAAUUCAACUCCACGAGAAAGCGAAUGUCGACCAUUUUCCGAUGUCCCGAUGGCAAGAUCCGGGUUUAUUGCAAAGGUGCUGACACGGUCAUCUUGGAAAGACUAGCAAAAGACAAUCCUAUUGUUGAUAUCACCCUGCAGCAGCUCGAGGAUUACGCCACGGAAGGUCUACGAACACUAUGUCUCGCCAUGCGUGAAGUGCCGGAACAAGAAUUCCAGGAGUGGCGUCAAAUUUUCGAUAAAGCAGCAACCACCGUUGGAGGUAACCGUGCUGAGGAACUCGACAAGGCCGCCGAGAUCAUUGAGCACGACUUGUUCUUGCUGGGAGCAACUGCUAUUGAAGAUCGCCUACAAGAUGGAGUUCCAGAUACUAUUCAUACUCUUCAGACUGCCGGUAUCAAGGUCUGGGUCCUCACUGGUGAUAGGCAAGAGACGGCCAUCAACAUCGGAAUGAGUUGCAAAUUGAUCAGCGAAGACAUGACAUUGUUGAUUAUAAACGAGGAAAAUGCAACUGAUACGAGAAACAACCUACAGAAGAAGCUGGAUGCCGUCCGCAACCAGGCAAAAUCUGGAGAGCAUGAAGUUCUAGCUCUCGUUAUUGACGGGAAGUCUCUCACAUUUGCUUUGGAAAAGGACAUGGAGAAAUUGUUCCUCGACUUGGCGAUCAUGUGCAAAGCUGUUGUUUGCUGCAGAGUAUCACCGUUGCAGAAGGCACUGGUUGUCAAGCUUGUCAAGCGCCACUUGAAAGCCAUCCUUCUUGCCAUCGGAGAUGGUGCUAAUGACGUUUCCAUGAUUCAAGCUGCCCAUGUUGGUGUCGGCAUCAGUGGUGUUGAAGGUCUCCAGGCUGCUCGAAGUGCAGAUGUUGCCAUUGGACAAUUCCGGUAUCUGAGAAAACUGCUCCUCGUCCAUGGUGCUUGGAGCUACCAAAGAAUCAGCAAGGUCAUUUUGUACUCGUUCUACAAGAACAUCGCUAUGUUCAUGACACAAUUUUGGUAUUCAUUCCAAAACGCUUUCUCAGGCCAGGUCAUCUACGAGUCAUGGACCUUGUCCUUCUACAACGUCUUCUUCACCGUGCUUCCACCUUUUGCAAUGGGCAUAUUUGACCAAUUUAUCUCAGCUCGACUACUUGAUCGAUAUCCGCAGUUGUACCAACUGACGCAGAAAGGAGUGUUCUUUAAGAUGCAUUCGUUUUGGUCGUGGGUUGGGAAUGGCUUUUACCACUCCAUUCUUGCAUACGUCUUCUCGUCCUACUUCUUCUAUGAGGACCUCAUCCUUUCAAACGGGCAGAUUGGAGGCCACUGGCUUUGGGGUACAAGUAGCUAUACCGCCAUUUUGCUGGUGGUCCUCGGUAAGGCUGCGCUGAUCACAAAUGUUUGGACCAAGUAUACCGUGCUCGCUAUUCCGGGAUCAUUUGUCAUCUGGCUCAUUUUUAUUCCGGCGUACUCGUAUGCCGCGCCAAACAUCGGAGCCGGCUGGUCUACUGAACUCGAAGGAAUUAUACCAAAGAUGUUCACCUCUCCGGUAUUCUACGCUAUGUGCCUCGUCCUUCCACCCGUUUGCCUCAUCCGAGAUUUCGCCUGGAAAUAUGCCAAGAGAAUGUACUUCCCCCAGGCGUACCACCACGUGCAGGAGAUCCAGAAGUACAACGUGCAGGAUUACCGACCACGGAUGGAGCAAUUCCAGAAGGCCGUGAGGAAGGUCAGGCAGGUACAGAGGAUGCGAAAACAGAGAGGUUACGCUUUCUCCGCUGGCGAUGAGGGUGGACAACAGAUGAGAGUGCUGAGUGCUUAUGACACUACACAGCAGAGAGGUCGCUACGGUGAGAUGGUCAGUAGCAGGAACACAGCUACUUUUAGCUAG